CAUUUUUCCAACUUUUAGUCCACCACCGCACAGUCUCCCAUAAACAUUGUCCAGCGAUUGGGUGCACUUCUUUCUAAUUGAAAAUUUUAUAUAAACUUUGUGAAAGCACCAAGGAAGAAAAAUCCGCAUUUCACGAGGAAAAUCGUUGGGAAUUUUCAUUGAGAGUUUAAUGAGGAAUUUGGUGUAUUCAAUCGAUUCAAUCCCAAAUGAGUGCUGCCCAGAUAUUUCAUAAUUUCUUCGGCGGUGUUUUGUGAAUUUGUGGGGAAAAUAUGCGCAAGUAGUGCUGAAAGUGUUAUCAGCAUGGAUGUGAUGUGUGUGGGUCAGGAAAAUGGAAUGCAUGAGUUGCUUCACCGUGUUGUUGAGGAUUUGCAUGCGUGCCUCCGACAGCAGUGAAAAUUCCACGAUGUUUGGUGAAAAUGACACGGAAACGGGUAGUGGAUGGAAUGAGGAAAACAGUAAGAGCUUCACCUACUACGGUGGAAGGCGUGCUAGUGCCAGAAAUCCAGCUGUGCGAUGUCCAAAUGUGCUGACCACCUCGGCAGUCUGUGAUGGCGAUUGGAUUCUUCGCUACUCGGAGCAUGAGGCCAAUUUUCGUCCCUGGCGCGCGGGAGAGAGUUUCUGCUACUUUGAACUCGUGCCCUGGCGCCAAACGCGCCGGAGACUGGAUAUUGUGAGGACAAUCGCGUGGGAGCCACCGCUGGGGAAUUCCUCGGGGCACGAGUGGAGUCACCAGAUUGACCGGCGGCACGCAAAGAGAUGCCACCAGAUUGAGGAAGAACGCAAUCAUCGGCAGCUAAAACGACGAUUGCAGCAUGAGAAGAAUAUUAAGAGACACAUUCGGAUUCGCAUUAUGAUUGCCAUGGAGUUGAGAAAUCGCUCCAAGGAGAUUCCCAUUCCGGCAAGAAUUAAACCACGCCACUUCGACAGGAAGCACACAUCGUCUGAAAGUUCCUGGUCGGAGGCAUCCUCGGAGAAACGUAUCCUCCACCACUUGGGGUAUUUUAGCCAACGCCAGAAGUACUGGAAGUGGCAGACGUCCGGUGGGGAUUGCAAAGUGCUCAAUAGCGAAAAGACUCUCAAUUGUAUUCCAUGGAAAGUGGAUACUUUCGCCAUGGCAGCAGGAAGUGCACUCAAAAUUGAGGAAGUGAGUGAUUUAGUGGAAGGAUAUUCAGUGAUUCGGAAAUUAUGUGAUAAUUGUUUGAGAACCACGGUGGGGUGCACCGAACCAAUUGAGUCCAGAGCUCACUCCCAUCUGGACUCAACAUCCCAAUCCCCCUCUACCAUGCCGUCCGUGGAGCGACCUGCUGGAGGAGCCCUGGCCCUUCACUAUGCCGCGGCACGUGGAUGCCUGGACUGCGUCCGCCUUCUCGUGGAAGCAACUCCGGAUAUCAGUGCCAAUACACAGAUGGACAACGAUGUGACUCCUGUUUAUCUAGCUGCCCAGGAGGGUCACCUGGAGGUGCUCAAAUUUCUCGUUCUCGAAGCCGGGGGGUCACUGUAUGUUCGUGCACGCGAUGGUAUGGCUCCCAUUCAUGCAGCAUCUCAGAUGGGUUGCCUCGACUGCCUCAAAUGGAUGGUCGAGGAACAAGGAGUUGAUCCAAAUUUACGUGAUGGAGAUGGGGCUACACCACUUCACUUUGCCGCCUCUCGUGGUCACUUGUCGGCUGUCCGAUGGCUCCUGAAUCACGGUGCUCGUCUGUCACUCGAUAAAUAUGGAAAGAGUCCAAUUAAUGAUGCUGCAGAGAAUCAGCAGGUGGAGUGCCUCAAUGUUCUCGUGCAGCAUGGCACAACACCGGAUCAUCACAAUUCGGAGGGGAAUUACCGCUCGAAAGCAAGCAAGAAAUACAACAAUGGGUACUACAGUGCCAAGCAGUCGUCACAUCACAUGGCGAGCAGCCAGAAUCACGCGGAGCGCCACAAAGUCACAUCAAAGUCCUCAUCAGCACAUAGCUCCGACACAGAACCAUUCUAUUUGCACCCACCCACGGUGCGUCCCGACGGUGUUUAUACGCGGUCACGAUCACCACCCGAUCAGUCAUCCGUCUAUGGGCCCGUUGUGCCCAAUGAUGGUCUCUACGUCAACCCCAUGCGCAAUGGCUCCCUCACACCACCCAGUCCAGGCGGUAGCAUUUCUGGUGAAUCGUUCUACCUUCACGAUCCACAAGAAGUCAUUUACAACAGAGUCAAGGAUCUCUUUGAUUCGGACAGUAGUAACAAAGAUGGCAGUACAGGCGGCGGAGGAACGCACCCAAAUGCUCUGACAGUCCAAGUGGAAGUCCACUCCAGCAGCAGUGGAGCUGGAAGUGGGUCCGAGGAGAGUCUAUCAGUGGCAUCGUCUGCUUCAGACACGGCUCCCGCAAUUCCUUCGCUGAAUCGUUCCGGCGGAGCCAACAACACAGCCGCCAGUGGCCACGACCAUGAUUAUGAGGAUAUUUAUUUGGUGCGAGAGGAGGCCCGGGUCACACCCACAAAGUGCCCCAAUGGCCCAAAGGAGUCCAAGGGCAGAAGUCGUUCACGCGAUAGUGGAUCACACAGCCGAUCAGCUAGUGCAAGUUCCAAUCACAGCAAUGAUGUUGUAGUGCAGUACUCAAGUGGUGGGGUCAGUAAUAUCCUAAAGAAGCGCAACAUCCUCAAAGAUUCCACAGCUGCCAAGGGAAAGUAUGAUAUUCCGCGCAAGACCACAGAAGUGUACAACUCUAAGAAUUACUGUAGCAGCAAUAGCAGUUCACCUGUACUUAAGAAUGAUACGUACGAGAGCGUUUGUGCUCCCGAAGAUACCCAGGAGCGCCUAAAGGUGGCCCAGAGGCAUACAGGAGCAGCCAAGGGGGCGUCUACAUGUGGGAAUGGGAAUGUCAGCGGUGUACGACAACUCCUGAAAAGGGUUGUCUCGGCACCAAUUACCAAUAAUGAAAAUAAAGUCGUUGGUCCUCCACCGCCACCACUUCCACCCCCUCUCAAGGCACCCAGCCAUACUACGAGCUGCAGCAACAACUCCCAGUCAUCCACCAUGUCGACUGCUUCGGCCACGGGCUCCUCACAUUCCAUGGAUAACCAACCGGUACAGCAUGACGUCCCGAGCCCUCCGGAUUCGGAUUCAGGAUUGGAGGUUGUCGAAGAACCCACACUGAGACCAUCGGAUCUUGUACGAGGGAAUCACAAUCGCAGCAUGUCUACAGUUUCUGCAAAUAAGAAAGCCAAAUUGAUCAACGGCAGCGGCAGCCACUUCGAGGAGAGUCAGUGUUAUUCACAUCUCGGCGGUGAACGGCCCAGCUCGCGUCCAGGUGGACCAAAUCUCGUCAAUAAACAGCUUGUGCUGCCAUUUGUGCCGCCCAGUUUCCCUAAUGGGUCAAUGUUGGAUGGCUCAAAUCACCUGAUCAAACCAUCCGAGUAUCUCAAGUCUAUCAGUGAUAAACGGUCCAGUGCAUCCUCAGCGAGGUCCACGGACACAGAGGAUUAUAUGCAGUUGUCCCAGACGACGUCACCAUUGCCAUCUGCUGUCCCAGAUCCACCGCGGCCACCGCCACCACCACCGGCGCCACCGCUGCAGGUUGCCGUGCCCCCAAAGCAGGCACCCACGCAACCAGCCCAGGAUACAGCUACGAGGAAACAACAGCAACCCCUCUCGGCGAUCUCCAUUCAGGAUCUCAACAGUGUACAGUUGCGCAGAACAUCGGACAAAAUGCUGGGAAAGACAUUUUCAGCUCCCACCAGGAGUAUGAGUAUGCAGUGCUUAUCGAGCACAAAUGAAUCCUUCCUGUCACAGAAGACGGACCUCAUAGCUGAGCUGAAGCUCAGCAAGGACAUCCCUGGGAUUAAGAAGAUGAAGGUGGAACGUGCCAAAAUGGAGGAUCGUCACGAGAAGGAACUCUAUAUGGAUAUUUCGAAGCAAUUUACGGCCUCAAAUUUUGUAGAUCAGAAAUUCUUGCAGGUGCCAGAGAAGGAUCAGGCGGGGAACGUCAUCCCGGACUGGAAGCGUCAGAUGUUGGCAAAGAAGGCAGCAGAGCGUGCAAAGAAGGAAUUUGAGGAGAGAAUGGCGCGUGAGGCAGAAGAUCGACGACUCCAGGCUAUUCCGCAGUGGAAGAGAGAUCUGCUGGCCAGACGUGAGGAAGCGGAGAAUAAACUAAAGGCUACCGUUUACACGCCACGAGUGGAAGAGAGCUCUCGCCUGUCGAACAACUGGAGAUUAGCCCAGAGGGCCAUGUCCAUUGAUAACAUCAGUUUCCUGCCCAGCGCAAUUGAGGACAAGAGCAACAACAAGGAGAAUACGAACGGCCACGAAGAGACCCCAGCAGUCAAUGGGAACUCUAUGAAUGGAUCAGUGGAGCAGAAUCUGCACAAGGAGCAAGUGCAACAGGAUGAAAAUGAGAACAUUAUCCCAUGGAGAGCGCAGCUAAGAAAAACCAACAGUCGACUCAGUCUUAUUGGAUAGAGACUUUGUGAUUGGGGCACUAUUAUUUACAUAAAUUUAUAUACAUAAUAAAAAAAAUAUUGCUGUGGAGAUUGAGAAUGAAAAUCAAAGAUAAGUUGCAAUACUAGAAGUUAGAAAAAAAAGAAAAGAGAGAAAAUUGAAAGAUUUUACAUUGUAAAUCCAUGUUAUUCAUACCGUUUUUAUCUUAUAAACAUUUUUAUUAUAUUAUUAUA